AGAUUAUCAAAGCAACCACAUCGAAAUAAUGUUGCAACUUGCAAAGCAAACAGCGGUGAAAAAAAUUGACAGCGUCAAGUGAAAGAAAUUCUUACCAAUUUAUUUUUUGUUCAUAGAUCGAAUGGAUAAUUGUAUUAUAAAUAUUUAAUUGCGUAAAUUCUGUUUUAUAAUUUGGUAGAGAACGGACAAUCACCAUUCUGGAUUCCCAAAAGAGGACGUAUUUGGACAUCUACAAGAUGGAUUUGGCAGAGACGAUGAAGAGUGUGCUGGCAAAGAGCACGGGCAGCUCGAGCGCGGCGGCGAGCACCUCCACCGCGGCCGCUCCACACGGCGCUGAGGGAUACGUGACCGAGAAACUGUACAUGCUGCUGCAACUGUACUUGCAGAACAAGGGCUGGAGCCCUAGCAUAGAGCUUCUACAGUGUUUCAGUGAUCUCAAAGAAUCAUCCAUGUUACCUAGUGCUGCAUACUUACAAAUGAUGGCCUCCAGAGUGGGCUUGGACACUCAGGGCAGGUUGAUACUCCGUGAGAAUGGUAAAAUAAUAUUGCCAUAUGAACACUUUGCUAAUGCUGUCAUGCUGAAGCAUAUGAAUGGUCCUCAUGGGUUACAUCUUGGUUUGGAAGCAACUGUUAGAGCAGUUGUAGAGUCAUACACAAUUGGUAGAGAACAAUUUGGUAUGGAGAAGGAGUUCAUAGUGGAGGUUGUCCAAAACUGUCCCAACCCAGCUUGCCGCUACUACAAGAAUCAGCUUGAGAUGACACAGAAGUCAAUUCAGCAGCAUCUGUCGCAACAGCCCACAUACAUCCCUGGUACGAAUACGGGCGCUUCAAACUUAUCAGAUAGCCAAGCAGUGGAACGUUUGCUGCGAGGCACAGCUCUAGCACAAGAUUAUCAACUGCCCCUAGCACCCCAUCUUGCCGCUCUCAGUAGUUUAACUGGCGAGAAAACCGAUCGACGCACUCAGGAGAAGUUGUCCCAGCACCAACAGAUGUUGUUGCAACAUCAGACCAGGUCCCUCGGUCAUCAGUCAUCUAUUGACAAGUACAGUCACUCUCAGCAACGCUCUUCGAGUUCCUCUACAUCGGGGCUCGACUCCAAAUCUAAGCACCAUUACAGUGAUGAACAUAAACUUACCGACUUUUUGAGGGCGAACUUGGAAACAUUAGAAUCUCUAUCUGGCGGCGGCAGCAGCGCUCUGGGCGAGCGGUCGGGCGGCGGCGGCGCGGGCGGCGUCGCGGCGGGCGUGGGCGCGGCGGCGGGGGCGGCGGCGGGCGCGGCGGCGGCGGGGAGCGCGGCGGGCGCGGGCGGACAGGAGCGCGUGGUGCGCGCCUUCGCGGAGCUGGCGCGCAACCUGCAGCGCAUGCGCCCCUGCGUGCGCCCCGCCAUGUGCAAGCCCUACGGCAAGCAGAGCGAGCAGCUGCAGAAGAUUCUCCUGGAUACCAUACAGUUGGUACAAUCUCUGCGCAGCUACUUGCCGCCGCCGCACAUUCAAGUCACCUCUUGGAAAAAUGACGACAAACUGCGUUCAAACAACAUGGACGAGCUGGAGAGUCGCAAGAUAGUGAGCGGCAACUAGCCUCCGGACGGGCACGCCGCCGACGGCUGAGCGCCGCGGUGACGUCACGCGCUCCACCGCCCGCCCACUACGACCCGCUCGCCCGAACUCGCACACUAUACUUACUGUUGUAUGUAUAUCGCUGCUUUUUCUAUUUAAUUCUAUGCGAACAAUACCCCUUGUUUGAUUGUAUUUCAAUUCAAUUUCAUCUUAGUAUCUUGGCAAUAUAGAAAUUUUUAACUGCUUUAAGAGUCUUGGAAUGAUCCCAUUCUAAGUCAAGAGGAGUUCAUUAAGUUUUUGAGGUAUGGGGGCUGAAAUUAAAAAAAGAUUUUGUAGAAACCAACAAGAGAUUGGAAUUUGAACCGGUUCCUUCGGUUUGGUUCCUCUAGAAUUAUGUACUGCUAGUUGGCAACCCUACUAAUGUGAACUGAAAAACAACGUAAUUUUGUUAAAUGUUUAUAGGGAUGUACUCAGUUCAUCAUCAAUUUAUUUGUUGGAUGGAGUAUUAAAAAGCAGCGAUAUACCAUUCAAAUAUAUUUUAGUAACCUUCUUUGUUGAUAUGAUAUGCGAUAUAUGAAAUUCACACCUACAUAAUCGUAGCAUGCACAAAGGUAUUUAGCCGGUCUAAAAUAGUGCUUACUUGUAUUAUAGAAUCAUUGGACAUGAGGUGUAUCGCGUGUAGUAAAUGUAAAGUCUUAUAAUAAUGAAGUUGGCGAGGAGUUGUGGAACUAUUGCAUAUUAUUAUUGUCGGCGGGUGAGGAGCGUCGCUGUUGGUCGCACCGGUUGUCGCCGGGUAUUCAAACCAUAUUUGUUUUUUUAUAAUAUGGGUUUUUAAGUCUUUCUUUCUCUCUGUCCUGUUAUAUUUGCGAAUAUACUUUGCUUUAUUUGUUGUUCUUUGUUUAGAUUGUGUCAAUAUCACAUUUUUUUUACAUAACUUACACUUCAUUUAUUAUCUGUUACGAUUACUUACAAGUUAUUUGUAUGGUAUUUUAUAUAAUUUUACGUUAUGAGACUUAUAUUUUGUGUGUUAGUUAUAUUUUUUUUACCGUAACUUUACAAUACGUCCUAGUUGGUUUAAGUGUAUUCUCAGUUUAUUGUCGUAAGUGCAUUAUUUACACUGUGAUAGAGGUGUAAUAAGAGUAGGUCUGAGCGAAGUCUUGACAUGAAUGUAGAUUAGCUACAUGUAGUGGAACUGCGUUACUUACGUACGCAUCUAGAUGUAAAAUCGUUUAAUAACAGCCGUUUUCAAUAAACGAUCCCAAUCUCAAUCUUCAAUUUGAUUCCGAGAAUGAACCAAUCGAUAGAAAUCAUUUGUAAACAUGUCAAAAAAAACUUUGUUCUGAUUGGACUAUUUUUGAGAUGGAUCGAAAAAAGCGAUUGGGAUUGUUUACUGAAAAUCGCUGUAAGAGACGCGCAUCAUCGCGCUCUAUUCAAUGAUCUUUGCAAGCGUAUAAUUUUCUUUUAAGUUUUGAUCGCCGUGUCUUGUCUCGAGAACGAUAGGGAGGUUAGUAUCUUAUUGAAGACUGCAAUUUUUCACGUUUGUCUUAGCUAAUGUUGCCUGUGGAUGUAUGAAAUUAGGUUCGGCAAGUUGUGACUUGUGACGUGUGGAACUGCACACUGAAUGUGCACAAAGGUCGAUGUGUUUUAAAUUGAACACUAAUUUACAGAAAUGUUCGAUUUGUCUGACAUUUAUGCAAAUCAGUGGCACUUACAACCGUUUUCAAUAGACGAUCCCAAUCUCAAUCUUCAAUCCCAUUCCGAGAAUAAACCAAUCAAAAUAACUCAUUUGUAAGGAUGACAAAAAAAUGUUUUGAUUGGUCCAUUUUUGAGAUAGAUCGAAAAAAGCGAUUGGGGUGGUUUAUUGAAGAUGGCAGUUAAGCGGUAGCCGGUAAUGGAAUACAACGAUCGGAGGUUCCUUCGGUCGUUAUGUUGCAGCGGAACUGUGUGUAAACUAUUUACUUCCAAACAUCACCUGUGUGAAAUAAUGGACUACGUAAUAUUAGUGCAAUAAUAAGGCAAAGCCUACUUUAAAUUAAAAAUUUUGUAUGUUAGUACUGUAAUUCUAAAUUAUAUAGCGUUUUAUGAGUAAUAUCUAUUCGUGAAAUUUCGACGAGGCGUGUUGGGGUUGUAAGGUAUUAGGUACUAUGAUUUAUUACGUAAGUGUUUCUCUAUUCGUUGUAUUGUUGUGCAUCACAUUGCUGAUUGCAUUUGACUAUUGUCGAAUGCAGUCAAUAGCAGCUUAUUAUUUUACAACUAUGAAAAGUAUGUUUAUGACGUAUCAAGGUGGAAUUUAAGGGGAUAAACAUAAGGUCUAUUACUCGUAUGAAUAAUUUCUUAAAGUUAUCCCAAAUAUUGUAUGGAGGCUAUUGUUUAAUGAACAACUAACAAUACGUCUAGUAUUAAGUCGAUCUUACUGCGUGAAAAUUAUUCUUGGUCAAGUAUUAUAUAUUUCCAAAAGAAUCUCUCUCUGUAUUAGAAUUAAGCUUUCUAGUCAAAAAAUUAUUUGCAUUUUUUAUUUGGAGUUCUAUAUUAUAAAAAUUCAAAAUGAAAUCAUCCUAUUGAUUAUUUACUUUAUCUUAAGCUUUCUGACGUGUCACAUUAAAAGUAUUGGCUAUUUCUUUUCGAAUGAUCUCAAUAAGAGCGCUUUCCAGUAUCCAUUGUCAGGUAAAAGGUGUCCCUUUUUCGUAAUUCCUGUGUCAUUUUUUAUUUCAUUCAUCACACAUUUCUCAAAAUAUUAAUCUGAUUUUUUCACAUUAACAGCCGCUUUCAAUAAACAAUCCUAAUUUUAAUCUUCUAUCCUAUACCGAAAAUGAACCAAUCAAAAUAACUCAAGUGUGAACAUGUAAAAAAAAACUUUGUUCUGAUGGGUCUAUUUUUGAGAUAGAUCGAAAAUAGAGAGAUUGUUAAUUGAAAAUGGUAGUAGGACAUCACAGUUAAAAGAAAAAUUUUUUUUUUACUCUAUUGCAAGCGGAUUUUACUGGAAAAUAAAAUUACUGCAUUUCAUUGACAUCUUAAGUAAUAGAAAACUUAUUCAUGUUGCUAUUUCUAAACUCUUUUUGUGAAAUUUGCCACAGUGUUGAUACUGUGGUAAAUACAGUCGGCCUCAGGGCCCAGGUAAAUGCUAUUUCUAAAUUUGGUAACUUGCCUGAGAGUACACGAAAUAGCAAUAUUAUACUCUUCAAUGGAUCAUAAAUUAGACUUUUUAGGAUUUCAUGUAUUUGGCAUCUGUAUUCUGUGAUAAAUUAUUCUAUCAAAAUCAAAUUUUGGCUUCCGAAAUACCAGUAAUGAAGUCAGUCGGUAAUAUUAUUAUGUAAUUUAAUUAUUCUAAAAUUUUUAAAUCGAUAUAAUUUGUUUUAAAUGUAAGUCAAAAUCACGUAAAAUGUAUUUAUGAAUGUCGACGAAAUUGUUCAUUUCGAAGUACAUUACGCUGUGACUACACGAUUGUAUAUGUAGUUAUAAAGGAGGUAGUUAUUGGAAGGUAAACAACGUUUUCAUAUUACGGCGUUUACCUUCUGCUAAUUGCUUUCCUUCGAUCUGUUUAUAUUCGUGUGGUCCGGCUCUAUUCUAUUUGGCCCUGCCAUGUUAUUGAUAUGUAAUUUGCCACUUUUGUUUGUAACAUAUAAAAGUGUAUUUUAGUGAUGAGAAGCAGUGCUUAGAAAUAAAUUAUAUAAAUAGA